AUGCAUUUGUUCGACCAAGAAAGGCUGUUGGACGAGUCCAUCACCUGUGUCAAACAAUGUGCGCUCCAGAUGGAACGUUGUCUGGAUAAGGGGGAUUUAGUAGGCGCAAUACAUCACUGUGCAGACAUGCUCAGAGAAAUGAGGACGUCCGCGUUAUCUCCCAAAUCCUAUUACGAACUUUAUAUCGUGGUCACCGAAAAGCUACGUCUACUGGAAAGCACUCUAAUCGAGGAGCAUAAAAGCGGGAAGAAGCUUUCGAACCUUUAUGAAACAAUUCAAUAUGUUGCAAACAUAAUUCCAAGAUUGUAUCUGCUCAUCACUGUCGGGGUGUAUCACAUUAAAUGUGCUGAGCUAUCGCGACGUGAAAUUAUCCGAGAUCUUGUCGAAAUGUGUUCCGGCGUCCAACACCCUGUUCGUGGCCUCUUUCUACGGAGCUAUCUGUUGCACGCUCUUCGAACCGAACUACUUCCAGUCAACGAGGAUCCUGAACCCAAACAGGAUCUGAAGACAGAAGAUGCCAACACAUCCGACGUUACAGCUACUUCCCCGGAUCCUGAGAAGAAGUCUGCCGAUAUGUCUUCUGCUUCCGCUCACGCAGACUCUCAGGGUACUAUCUCGGAUAGCAUCAGGUUUCUUCUUCUAAACUUCUCGGAAAUGAACAAACUUUGGGUACGGAUGCAGCAUCAGGGGCAUUCGAGAGACAGGGAACGACGUGAACAGGAACGACGCGAAUUGCGUCUACUGGUUGGCACCAAUUUGAACAGGUUAUCACAACUUGAGGGGAUUGAUGUUAUUCGAUAUCAGACGCAAGUGCUCCCACCCAUCAUUGAACAACUGAUCGUUUGUCGCGAUGUGAUCGCUCAGGAAUAUCUUAUGGAUGUCAUCAUUCAGGUGUUUCCCGAUGAAUUUCAUCUGUCCACGUUGCGUACGCUUUUGGCAACGUGCAACCAGUUGCAGCCUGGCGUGCGGCUCAGGCAGAUCAUAUGCAGUCUUGUGGAGAGGUUGUCCCAGUUUGCUCUAAAUGAACUGGCAAGUGGUCGUUCUCUCAUUGUUCCUGAAGCUAUUACCACUAAUUGCGCUCAUGUUCCACCGGACCAAGACUCUGCCCCCGGAAAGCAGUCAGUUCCGGAAUCAGAAUAUAAUUUGGACUCAGAAACCGCCCUGUUCACACUAUUCUUUGAUGGUCUGUGUGAUUUGAUUGAAGCUCGGAUUAGGCUGAGUAGAAUGGGCCCAGAAACUCAAAUCCCUAGUGGUCGCCAUGCCCUGAUUAAUUUGGCUACCCUACACGGUCUCCCACCGGAGGAUAUCCCAGCCAUGUUUGCUUCCUUGGUCUACUUGGCAAUGGUCCUGUAUCCGAAACAGUCGCCGUCGUUAGUUGACAUCUGUUUAAAGGCUACAGCUGACAGCCUGGAGCAGCUCGGGAUUAGUCUGGUGGCCCCAGCCUCUCCGCUUUCAAAAGAACUUCUCAAUCUUCUCCAUUUACCUUUGGGCGGUUCACCUUUCCACAUGAGUACGAAUACAGGGCACUCUGGCAAUGCUCUAUCCGGUGCUCCCUUUGAAGCAAUGGGAGAGCUGAGAACGGUUCUGGGUAUGUCUGGGUUUCGCCGCUUGGUUACCUUGUUGGAUCCGAAGACAACGAAAUGUCGUCUCGCCUGCAACUUACUUGCUGGCACUCUAGAACGGGACCAACGCCAGCGACAAGUCAAGAAGACUCUGCACACCCAAACACCAACAUCCAAUGGAAUACAUGAAGUCUUGUCAGAUAACUCCUGUCGCUUAACCAGCGAAGCCGAUUUAGACGGUCUUUUCGAUUUGAUUUCCGGCUUACUUUCUCCCAGUUCGAACAUAUUCGACGACCCGGAUGAAUUCGCCGAGGUUCAGAGUUUGAUAGCCGGCGUUCUACAUCUCAUUGGACCGAUUCCACGGACUGACGACCCGGGUCUUUGCUAUAAUCUAUUUUGCAAGGCGCAGUCGACUUUGGCUCAAGCAGGUCCCAGAAUCAUACGUUUCAAUUUUCCUGCUCUAAUUUUCGAGGGUCUCCAACUUAUUCAAGCCUACUCAGAGCUGGAAGAUAAACAAGGCGAUUGGGAUGACGCUGUUCACAAGGUUGUAUCAUUUGUCCACCGAUGCAUUACCUGUUUGGUGGCCACCGACGCCCCAGAAAUAGCUCUCCGCUUGUUCCUCCAAGCCUCACUUGUCAUCGACCGAGUGGAAUUUUCUAAACGUGAAUCAAUGACCUAUGAAUUCGUUUCCCAGGCACUUACUUUAUACGAAGAAGGGGUAUCAGAAGCCCGAGCUCAAAUCGAUUCAAUGAGUUUGAUCACCAGCACUUUAUGCCAGUUGCGAUGUUUCACCGAUGAUAAUCGUAACACCCUGCGGACGCAGUGCUCUCGGGCAGCUGCUCACUUGCUUCGAAAACAUGACCAGAGCCGAGCUGUCGCUGCGUCUGCGCAUUUGUACUGGCCACUCCCAAUAUUAAUGCGUCAAAAUGUCAAACCAAGCGUCAUGGUCAGUCUAACCGAAAAGCCUGUAAAGACGGAGACAGUUCGGGAAUGCUUGGAACAGUUAUCAGAGUCCGAUUUGAAAGUUCUGCGUGAUGGGACGGCCGCCUUGGCCUGCUUGGACCGAGCCGCUCGUCUUGCUCAGGACUGUAUGGACACCACAGUAAAGGCGCAGUUAUUCAUGAACAUUCUUAACCAUGCUAUCAGCUUGAGACUACAAAAUUGCCUUGAGGUCACGGACGACCGAAUAAACAAGUUGAUUGAAACUGUGAAAGCCCUGAUCGAUGAGCUCAACCCCACUACCGCCGCUGCCGAAGAGAUUGUUCGACAUUUGGAAAACACUAUAAGUUUUGUGCACCACUGCCAAACGGUACCGGAUCCCUCAAAUCCUCCAGCAGACCAUGUGACAGAGCUUUUUUCUUCCGUAAAUCUUUUCUAACGCGCGUCGGUAUUCUGUUCGCGUUUUUCUUAUAAGUAUUUUAUCUGAUCAAGUGCCCAUUCAAAGCAAAAUAUCAGUUUUCGUCUUCAGUCUUCUCGGGUCACGAUUUACACUCGAAACUUUUUAUUUCAAUCCAACUUAGCCCUGUGAGGUGACCUUCAAGGCAUAGUUAUUCCGAUGUCAGUCUGAU